CUUUUGUUUCUUUUUUUUCUACCCCCCCUUUAAAAUAUAAACCAACUACUGUCAUGUUAUUAUCCUCACUGGGUAUAUUUCUUUUUUCUUUGGCUGGUAUCGUCACUUGUCAACAACAAACAUCUACUAACAACAGUUCAUUGAAUUCAAUUGCCACUCAAUAUGGAUCUACUUUCAAAAAUGCCGGAGGAAAAGUUCUCACUAGUUUCGUGAAUGCUUAUGUUAUAUUUUAUGGUGAUUGGAGUUCAAGUAAUGCUACUACAGAUCAAAAGACCUUUUUAGGGUUCUUGGAUGAUGUAUCUACUACUUCUUGGUUUUCUAUAUUGAAAGAAUAUACAGACAGCAAUGGUGGCUCAGUAUCUGGACCUCUCAACUUGGCAGCAGCUGUACAUGAUACUGGUAGUGCUGGACUCAACUUGACCGAUCACAAUACUCACAAAACCAUCAUUCUAAACGCUGUACAAUCUGGAUAUCUAUCAGCAAACAAUCAAUUGGACAGUAACGGCAUAUAUAUUCUUCUUCUUGGUCCUAACGUACAUGAUUCGGAAUUCUGUAGCACCAAUUGUGGAUAUAACUCUUACAGUGAUCAAUUCCAAUAUAUCUUUAUCGGUUAUCCUGGUGGUUGUCCACAAUUUUGUGUUCCUACUAUGAUUCAACAACAGUCACCCAACAACAGUCCAUCUAUUGAUGCUGCCAUUACUAUUUUAUCUCAUGAACUUCAGGACGUCUUGACAGAUCCUCGUAUGGAUGCAUGGUCCAUUCAUUCUGGUAAUCAAGUUUAUGAAAUUGGUGAUUUUUGUUCAGGUGCUUCUUACAAUACUUCAACUGAACAAUGGUUCGGCAAUCUUCAAACUACCUCCACUGGCGCAAACUACAACUUGGAAUUCGAUAAUGGAAAAUACUUGGUGCAAACGAUUUAUAGCAAGGAAAAGAAUUCAUGUUUACUUUCCAAAUAGGUAUAAUAUAUAUAUAUAUAUAUAUAUAUAUA